AUGGAAUCCGAGACUCAGAGAUUAAGAAGACAAAAACCAUUUCUCUUUGUCUGUUCCUGCAGGAUGAACCAGGCUCCCACCAGUGGCUUUGAAGAGGAUGUGGGAGCCAAAACCACUCACCAUGUCAUGUACCCAGAAAGUGCCAUCGACUUGGACAAUACCACCAGUCUGGUGCUGAUCCCUUUCAAGACUCUGGACCUGCAGUGGAUGGUUAGCGCCCUGACCACGGGGACUAUUAAAUACACAUAUUUACCCGUUAUUCCCCGGAUAAAAGCAAACAAAGAUAAGGUUUUGAUUUACAGUCCGACAUUUUUCAAAUACGUCUACGAGUCCUGGCUGGAGGGUCACGGGCGAUAUCCCUCCACUGGCUUCCUCAGCUUGCUACUUGCUAUCCACAUAUGUGAUGAGGUGAGUGUAACUGGAGCAGUAGGCAGGACCGGAGAGCUCCACGACAACAGAACUGCAGACGUUCCUCCCUCCAGUGGACUCAGGGAUUACGCUAUCAGUGUGUUUGGAUUUGGCGCAGACCAGUAUGGAAACUGGCACCACUACUGGGAGACCAAUCAUUUGGCGGGGGCUUUCCGGCACACAGGAGUCCACGAUGGAGAUUAUGAGUAUAAUGUCACCUUGCUGUUGGCGGACAAGCACAAAAUCAGAAUGUUUAAAGGGAGAUGA